GAGGGGGAGGUGAGGGCGCGCGCCUGCGCGGUGCGCGUGCGUCGUUGGGAGCGGGCUCUGCCAUGGAAGAUGAGGAGGUGGCGGAGAGCUGGGAGGAGGCGGCGGACAGCGGGGAUCUCCUGGUCAGGUGUUUGAACUCUGACUUUAGCCCCAAGACUGACCUGCAAAGCCACCUGGAAUGUGGAAAUGUGGCUUUGGUCAAAGCUGCCUCAGCUCUGCCAGGAAGCAGAGAGGAAAUAGACAGACGGUUGGAAAAGAAGCUGAAGAUCACACAGAAGGAAAGCAGCAGAAAGUCCAAAUCUCCUCCCAAAGUGCCGAUGGUGAUCCAGGACGACAGCCUCCCCCCAGGGCCUCCCCCCCAGAUCCGCAUCCUCAAGAGGCCGACGACCAACGGGGUGCUCAGCACCCCCAGCUCUGCCCCCAGACCCCCCCUGCCCGUCAAGUCCCUGGCACAGCGGGAGGCGGAGUACGCGGAGGCCCGGAAACGAAUACUGGGCAGUGCCAGCCCUGAGGAGGAGCAGGAGAAACCCAUCCUGGAUAGACCCCCCAGGAUCUCCCAGCCGGAGGACACCCGACAGCCCAACAAUGUGAUCCGGCAGCCCCUGGGCCCCGAUGGCUCCCAAGGCUUCAGGCACCGCAGAUAAGAGCAGGGGGAGGCCCCUGGGGACAGCCACCUCCCCCCGCGCUGCCGCCGGGAGGGACAAAGGGACUCCAGCAGAGGGACCCUGCGGGAUGUUGCACUGUGACCCCCUCUGCUCUGCCCACUGUGACCUUCGAACCCCGCGCACUGUGACCUCCCCUCGACACCCACUGUGACCCCCAGGGCUCUCCCCCCUCACGUGGGGAGGAGAAUUUAAACUAACAAAGAAAACAAAGCCACACACACACAAAAAAAACAAAUAAAGGGGAAGAGGGGGGAGCAGGACAGCGAGGGGGAGGGCAUGAAGGACCCGGAGGGGUGUGAGUGCCACCAGGGUGAAGCCAGUGCCAGCAAUAACGUUUGUUGGACACAGCCUGGGAUUUCAGGAAAAAACAAAAAUCUAAAAAACAAACAAAACGAAAAAAGGAGAGGCCUCCCCAGGCACGCCCAUCAUCCUCCUCACUUCUGGAGCAAGUUCUUUUUUUCCAAGGAUCUCUUUUGAUUUGUUUUGGGAUAUUCUUUUUGGGUUUGGUUUUUUUUUUUGUUUUUUUCUGUUUUGUUUUUUCUGUCUCAGCAGAUCAGUGGAACGUGUGGGAAGGGUUUGGGACUGUUUGUGCUGCUGGAGAGAAGCAGGGGAGUCUUGGGAAAUGGGUUUUAACCCAUUUCUGUGACUUUACCCACUCAAGCUUGGCACCCUCUGGCUCCUCUCCUGCUCCUGCCAAGCACCUGGGAGCAGAUUCCUGGGACAGACCCGGCCUUUCCCAACCCCUUGAGGAGCCAGCAGAGUCCCACCACCUCGUUUAUGUCUGUUAAAAGCUUGGCUCGGGAUUUCCUGCUGGCUUUGAAGAGGAAAAAAAAGCUUAAAACCCAUCUUAUUUUUAUUUUAUAUCCGGUGAGAUGGGAACGUCGCCGGAUGCCGUGAAAAUGCCAGAUCCUGAGAAAAUGCUGGCAGAGAAGCAAAGAAUUAAGUCAAGAGGAGAAGAGCUGGCACUGUGGAAUCAAUAACGUGGAGGAGCCUCGCUCCCUGCGGCCAACACUGGGGAUGAUCCGAGGAUCCGGAGCGCCGGCUCCCACCCAGCUCUGGGUCACGGUACGAGCAGAGGUGGCAGAGGAUGUGGGGAGACCCAGCAGCCUUGGAUGCAUCUGGAUGGUGAUCCAGUGGCUCCCUGCGAGGCUGCAGGGAUGGAAUUUUCUUCCUCUGGCUCCUGGGAAGAGGACAGGGAGGCCAGAACAUGGAUGGUUUGGUUUUUACCCCCUCCCUUUGGAUGAAGCUGACCUACCUUAGUAUCACUGAAUGCCAAGGGAUAGAUGAACACUAAAUGCUCUCCUGGGAGGGGACAGGAGCUGGAAAAGCAGCCCUGGGUUUGGUGGAUGAUUCCCUACGGGUGCUGCUCCUCCCAAGGCGCUCCGUGCUCCGUAGGGUCCAGGGUAAACGAGUUCACUCGAGGCUGCUUCCCGAAGGGAAGGACUUUGUAUGGACAUACAGCUUAAUCCUGGUGAAAUAAAACUACCUGUGUAUCAAAAGAACCCGCUGGAGCGUUAAUGAGCUGCUGAAAGCUGAUUAAAGCACCCAGGAUGGUGGAGGUGGAGCAUCGGCAGGUUAUUUGUGGGGUGAGGGCUGUUUUAUCCCCCCUUUUCAUGGGCUGGUGGUGGGGACGAGGCCCCUGGGGCAGCGGGAGGGGUGAAGAAUGUCAGCAAUAACCCUACUCACCACACCUGUCCUUAAUCAGUCUGAAAAAUAGCAUUGAACGGCCAAAAAACCCCCAAAUCCACCCAAUUCCCGGUGUAGCAGGUCAGCGUUAAAGCCACCACCUCCUCCAACAUGGAAAUCUCCAGCACCACCAUCUCCACCUCCACCAACAAACAAAUCACUAUCUUCAGCACCAAAAUGUCCAUCUGAAAAAAAAAAACAAAAAAACAAGUGUUCUCCAGCACCAAAAUCUCCAUUUUUGGCACCAAAAUCACCUGGUGACCAGGACACGUCCCACCCGCGGGCAGGGCCCGGCGGCGUUCCUGAGGGAAGCUCCUUCCUCCUGGGAAGGUUGGAGGAGAAGACACCCCAGGAGGUGUUUUCACCCUUCCCCCCUUCCCCCCC